AUGGCAGACACAAAUGUAGUGACUCCGGCUGGUGCUCCAAUUGAGGCCACAACUCCCACAAAACCAAAACAUGUUGGACCUAGACCGCCGUCUAAGUUCCAGCAAUUGAACAAACUUUAUGGGCUUCCUGCUCCUAUUCGAACUUUUCCUCUUCCUACUCUCAUACCCCACAAUCCACUUUCACUCUUCCAUAUUCUUUAUGUUUGGUUGUCACAGACAAUCAAUCGUCCUUCGUCACAUUUUGAUACCCUUUAUCAAGGAUGGUUCUCACCUGAAACACGAUCCAUUCAUAUAACAGACUCUCGGUGUAUCAGAGGUCUCUGGGAGCAAGGUUUCUAUGGGAAAGGAAGUCUGAGUCGCAGUGAACCGAGUUGGCUGACGCGAGAGAAAAAGCGACGGGGUGUUUCAAAGGCGAUUGCAAGCGAGGAUGUUACAAGAAAACGCCGUGCCGAUCGUCAACAAACCAAGUGGGAGCGGGCGAGAAAAGAAAGAGAAGCUAUUGAUCAGACUUUAUUGGCAGAAGCACAAGCAAAGGAAUUAUCCAAAACCAAUGUUGUUGUUUCAUCUAAAGAGAACAUGGUAGUCGAAGUUGACAAUCUCCCCGCUUCUGCUGAGCCAAAUCAGAAAGCAGCAAUCGACAAAAAUUCUUUUUCGCAUUGCUUAGAUAGCACAGAUGAUGUUGCUUUCACUAGCAUCACAUUAUCAGAAGCGCCCACUGGUCCAAUGCAGCUUCUUGCUCUACCCAACUCAUUUAAUGAGGUUGUAAAGCCUCAAGCUAUCAAAGAGCCAUUGUCUCGAAGUGCAGUGGAUGCCGAUAAGGUUGUGUCUUCGAAUUUCGCGUCAUUUAAUGCACCUACCGGACCCUUGGGGAUUCUUGCACUGCCAAACUCUCUCGUAGAACUCAAUCUUCUGAGACAUCAAGACAGUAUCAAUUCGUUCUCACCAACGAUCACCACAAUUGUUAAAAAAUCAGUAUCUAAGUCUAAUGUACCUUCAGCCCCGGUGGGUCCUCAGGAAUUGCUAGCUCUCCCAAACUCCGCAACUGAUGCUUCCGCAACCUUUGAUGAUUUAAACCCUGAUAUCGAAGAUGAGUCACUGAAAGAACACCUCGGUCGCUCAACAUCUGUUGAGGUUGACAAUUCAAUUACAACACAAGAAAAAUUUACGCCCCUUGAUAGCUCUACGCCCAUCGCCCCUAGCGUUGAUGUCAAUAUCAUCGAUGCUCCGUUGACACCAGUCUCCACUGUUUCUGUCCAGAACAGCGCAUCUGAUGGUGAUGUACCUGAAAACGGUUCAUCUACAUCUGUAUCAGACCGUCAAAAGAGCGUUCGAUUUUCCCCAACUGUGGAACAAACUACCUUCCUGCCAUCACAACCACCAAGUCCUGAGCGUGCUGUGAUAAGUACCGAAGAGAAGCCAGAGGCGAUCUCUGAACUGGUUCUGGAUGAGGACAUGGUCAUUGAAGAUCAAGAACACUUUCAAUUAACAAUGGAAGAGGCGUUCUUUCUCUCAUACGGAUUAGGAGCCCUGACUGUCCUUGAUCCCAUCACCAAACUCGCACUUUCAAAUCAAGAUUUGUUUUCACUAUGCAGAAAAUCGUCCUACUUCCCACCAACUUCAAACCCGAGUCUAUCAACGGAUGAUCCAUUUCUCGUUAACUACGUCGUUUAUCAUCAUUUCCGUUCUUUGGGCUGGGUCGUGCGUGGUGGAACAAAGUUCUCGGUCGAUUAUCUACUGUAUAAUCGUGGGCCGGUCUUUAGUCAUGCAGAAUUUGCUGUUUUGAUCCUUCCAUCAUACAGUGAUCCUUACUGGUCCAGUGGUCCAUUCUUGCAAAAUUAUGUUAAAGGCAAACAGGAAAGAAGCUGGUCAUGGAUGCAUUGCAUCAAUCGAGUCAUUACACAGGUUAAGAAAACUUUGAUUUUGGUGUACGUGGAUAUACCCGCACCUGUCGAUGGAAACAUGAAGGAAAACAGCGUUGAUGAAUUACUUGGGAAAUAUAAAGUGAGGGAGGUUGUCCUCAAACGUUGGUCACCAAAUCGUAGUCGGGACUAG